CAUCUUUAGUUGGAAGGAAUGAGAGGAUGUGGCAAAGGACUUUAGCCGGCAAGCAAUUGAUGUUUUCCAGUUUCCACGCUGCUUACCACCCGUUUGGCCGCCAUUAAGAUAUAUAGGCCUCUGUUAGGGUGGCCGGAAAGGGAAUGAAGUAGUCGGAGCUAAGGAUCGGGAGCUUCUGCUUCAGUUUUGGGAUGAGCAAGGAAAAGGAGAACGGAGAAGAAUCUCUCAUUCUCGUCAGUCGGUCAGUGUCAGUUCCCAACCGAUUGCCGAUGGGAAUCCAAAAAUCAUUUUCGGUCCGAUUCUGGCCGGUGGAUCACCCGAGCCCACUCAUGGUCUUUACUCAGUCGUGAUCCACUAUGCUCUAUGGAGGCCCGUAGGAGAUGGCAGAGUGGCAGGCAAUCGACUCAGUUGGGCUUAAUGAUCUUGUAAUUCUUUAUGGCUUGUCUCUUUGAGCCAUUGGAUUUCGUAUGUUAUUUGGCUCUUUUUUUGCCAAUGUUUACCUUUUUUUUUUCCUUUUGCCAAUGUUCACCUUUUUUUUUUCCUUUUCGGCCAACCAAUGUUUAAU